GCAGACACAAGAAAAGGGAUUGUCUAUUUUACAAUUAAUGGACUUCGGAUAAACGAUUCGGAUUUUUACAUCUGUGAAGUGAAGCGAAUGAAACCUGCACCUGUGAUCCUUUUAAACAGCUGCAACAUAUCUCUUCAAGUAACAGCUCGUCCCACGGUGUCUGUGUCCCAGGUGGAGGGACCCAGUGGAGUUCCCAUGCUCCUCUGCUCCUCUAGGAACUUUCACCCAGCACCAAUAGAGCAGGUGUGGCUCUGGAAUGGACUUCCCCUCAACACCACAUCCCUCCACAAAAAUAUCACAGCCAAUACGGAUGGAUCCUUCAGCCUUGACACACACCUGUCUCUGCAGUCCGAGCACACUGAGGAUGUGCCCUACUCCUGCUGGGUGAACCACUCCUCACUGUCCACUCCCAUCACUGUCCACUACAUUCCGACUCCUGACAGAGCUCAAACUGCUGAUUUUAGAGAUCCGCAGAUUCUGGCCUUGGUUGGUGUGUUUGUUGCAGUGUUGCUGAUUACUUUUUUCUUCAUUUUUUUCCAAUAUCAAAACAUCAAAAAAGUGCUCCUCUGUUACACCUCUGGCUCCGUCCACAACGCUGGAAAUGAUCAGGAGCGGGAGCUGGUUACUCCUGCUGCAGAUGACAAAAUAUACUCAGUUCUGUGGGACCAGCAGAAAAACAAAGUAAAUGUAAUCUCACAGACUCCUCCACAGCGUUUGUCCAAAUGCAGCUACACAUCUUGGAGUUGAGAAGCCUGGUAUUUUAAUAAAAUGUCAUGCCUCACAGCCUAUGCUUCGGGGAUGAAUUAAUACUUAUGUUUGACAUUUUUCUCAAGGUUACAACAGUCUGACUGUGACUUUGG